AUGAAGGUUUCCAUCAUCGGGGCCGGUUUCAGCGGUCUCUCGGUGGCUUAUCAUCUCACCAAGUACAACCACGAAAACGCCGCAUCUGGAAAGAGGUGUUUCGAUAUCAACAUUCUUGAGGCCCGAGAUCGCACUGGUGGACGAGUUUGCCCCGUGGAUCUGAAUCCUCGCAGCGGAGACCCUGUGAUGGUCGAUAUGGGCGGACAAUGGUUAGAAGAAGCUUCCAAAAAGAAUCCCUUGGUUCAGCUUUUGAAGGAAAUCAAUGUCGAUUUGCUCUACACCAAGCAGCACAAAAUGAAAACCAAAGAAGGGCAGGAGCGCCAACCAAAACAACAUCAACCAAACAACCCAGGUCCCAAUCUUUUGGCCAACGGCAUCUACUUGCCGGAUGGAACCAGAAUACCAGACCCCCUUUUCAAGAGGGCACGGAAAUUCUACUAUAAAACGUUGAACGAAUACAAGGACAAGGACGUUUCCCAACAGACCUCCUUUCAAGACCUGCUCGACGCGGCUCUCAAAUCCAGCAAAGAUAAGGGUCCAAAUGCACCAAGUUCCCCGCUUUUCCAGAAAAUUAUCCGAUAUCUAAGUCAUAGAACGGAGUGCUAUGAAGGCGGACGCAUGUCCGAGCUUUCUGUCUCUCUUGAUGAACUCUACCAUCGAUUGGGUGGCCCCGAUGAGAUUGCCGAAGGAGGAUAUCAUGCCGUGCUGGAAAAACUUGUCGACUUUGUUGGACGAGACAACAUUCAUUUGAAUUGUCCAGUUCAAGAAAUCCACUAUGAGCCAUUAUUAUUUGAUGAGUCCACCACCAGCGAAAACGACGACAAUACACCACCACAAGUUCGAAUCCAGUAUUGCGCCGAGGAACAGACAAAGACCCUCUCGGCAGAUUGUUGUGUAUGCACCGUACCUCUCGGUGUGCUACAACAAGGUGGCCUCCGAUUUGACCCGCCACUCGGUGACGACCGUGAAAGAUCCAUCCAAGCCAUGGGCUUUGGAGUUCUGGACAAAGUCAUGAUGUUGUUUGAAAAACAGUUUUGGGAAGAAAACUUUUACGCGGGUGUGACGCCCGAGGAUCCCACGAGGAUACAAAGCUUUGUCGAUUGCUCCGUGGACUAUGGUGGGAAACCGGUCCUGGCCAUGUUUGCCGCGGGCAAUGUUGCUCGACGCUUUGAUCGCCCACAAGAAGGUCUGUCCGAUGAGCAACUAUUGGCUGAAAUCAUGACCACCUUGCGAACCCUGUUUGGAGACGAUGCACCCGAUCCAGUGUCAUUCCAAGUGUCUAGAUGGUUGCAGGACCCGUAUGCCUAUGGCUCGUACUCCUUUGCCAAAGUUGGAAGCACCGAACAUGACUACGAUCAAGUUGCCAAGCCGGCUGGGAAGAACUUAUUCUUUGCGGGAGAACACACCAACAAGCAUCAUCAUUCGACGGUUCAUGGUGCCUGGAUGACGGGCAAGAGGGAAGCAGAUCGGUUGAUAGCCAACGCCAAAGCGUUGAAAACCGCUUAG